AUGUCUCCAUUAAUUCAAGACCACGCAUUUAACAGGACUCGAGACGAUACUACUAGAUACGAGAGCCAUCAAGACUUUGACAAAGGGGCGCUGGAUUUGCCUACCGGCCCAAACGAUGACGGUCGCAGUUGGGUUCCAAAACCUCUACGCAAAAGCUUCACCAAGAUAUCCCAGCGGCUCCCAACGGGCUGGAGGCUCGGUACUUCUGGUGCAGCCCUAUUAACAUUCCUCAUACUAAUAGCCAACAUUUCAAUAACGGCCGUGUGCUACUCCAAGAUCCGCAGCCAAGGCUACAACACCAGCAUUGCCCCGAUAAGCACGGGCGACUGCGGCAGCAUCAAGAAGCUCGGUGUUGGUAUCCAUCUCGUCAUCAACAUCAUCAGUACCCUACUCCUUGGCGCGAGCAGUUACUGCAUGCAGAGCAUCAGCGCUCCUACACGUGUUGAUGUCGAUAAAGCCCACGCAAAGGGGUCCUGGGUUGACAUCGGCAUACCGAGCUUCCGGAACCUUCGAUACAACUCCACCUUUUUCGUGUCAACCAACAACAACAUGUAUCAGAUAUAUUACGCCGACGAGUCCUUUGCACACGGCGCUCCCUUCAACGAGACAUUCUUCCGAGACAAGCACGGCUAUUACUCAGUCGUCGACCCAUGGAAAAUCCAGGACCAGCUCCUGCACACUGAAAUUUACCAAAACCUCACAAACGACGAGUGCAUCGAGAGCUACGCGAAGACGCUCAUAGAAGACAGAGGCACCUUAAUCCUGGUCGUAGACCGGCCAGAUAAUUGCAGCAUCUUCCGGGACCCCAACAUCCACACCUUCCACUACGAAGACUGCGGAAACACCUCGGCCACAUCUCUAUACGACAUGACCGUCUACAGCGUCGGCAUCGAGCCAGCCAGUGAGCCGUACGUCAGCAACUGGUACUACUGGAUUUGCUCGCAAGAAGCCGCCUACCGCCGCGACGGCGGCGACCCGGCCUACAACAAGCCGCCAGCGGAGCUCUGCAGCGACGGCGCCUGGAAGAAGCAGCUCGGCGCCGACCCGUGGCUCGUGAGCGGCGGGCGCGUCCGGUACUGCCUCAGCGAGACGGUCAGCAACCAGUGCCACCUCAACGUCGCCGUCAACCUCCUUUGGGUCGUCGUCGCCUUCAACGCCGCGAAGCUCGUCAUCACCAUCGUCAUGGCCGCCAGCAGCCUGAUCAACCAGAACCCGCUCGUCACGACGGGCGAUGCGGCGGCGUCGUUCAUCGAGUCGCCUGACCAGAGCACCAGGGGCAUGUGCCUGUACUCGGCGCGCGAAAUCAUCGCCGCCACCCGCACCAGGAAGGACCAGCCAGCGGCCGCCGUCAUCGCCCGCGCGUACCACCCGCAACAGCAGCAACGAUGGUCCGCCGCCGUCAGCAAGCGCCGAUGGAUCCUCGCAUCCGCCCUCACCCUCCUCGCCCUCACCACCAUCCUCUCCCUCCUCGCCUACGCCUCUUCCAUGCUCUCCAGCCACUACUCCCGCGGCACCCUCUCCUCGCUCUGGUCCUUCGGCCUCGGCGCCAUCACGCCGUACACGCUGAUCAUGACCUGGGCCAUCCCGUCCACCGGCGCCACCGCCGCCGCCGUCGUCGGCGCCGUGCUCGUCGCCAAUUUACCACAGCUGCUCUUCUCCUUCCUCUACCUCGUGCUGAACGGCGUCGUGACGAGCAUGGCUGGGGCGGGGGAGUGGGCGGGGUACUAUGGUCCCGGUGGUGGAGCAAAAGGCGAGGCAAAAGGGUUGCGCGUCUCGUUCCCGCAAGGCAGCCAGCGCUCGACGUAUUUCCUGGCGCUGCCGUACCGGGUGGGCGUGCCGCUGAUGGCCGGGUCGGCGGUGCUGCAUUGGCUUGUGUCGCAGAGUAUUUUUGUGGCGCAGGUGAGGACGGUGUGGACGUAUGAGACAGACGUGAAGCCAGAGGAGGAGGAUGAGGGGGAGGAUACGCUGACGACGUGUGCGUAUUCGCCGAUGGCGAUGAUUCUGACGUGCGUGGUUGUUGUGGUGUUGUUUGCGGCGGUGGUUGGGCUGGGGAGGAGGAGGUUGAGGGGGGCGAUGCCGUUGGCCGGGAGUUGCAGUUUGGCGAUUGCGGCGGCGUGUCAUGGGCCGGAGGGGACGUCGAGUUUGGGGGUGGUGGGGUGGGGGGUUGUGGUUGGGGAAGGGGAUGGUGAUGGGGAUGGGGAUGGGGAGGAGGUGGGGCAUUGUGGGUUUUCGAAUGAGGAGGUUGAGGCGCCGGUUGUGGGGAGGCCGUACGCGUGA